AUGAAGCCAAAAAUUGGCAUCAUUUUAUCAUUUUUCAUUUUGAUGUGGAAUGUUUGUGAUUUCACUAAAUUAUCACCCCCAUCUCCAAAUUCGGUUUUGCCAGGGAAUGGAUUGAAUGAAACUUCUAGCUUUUCUGAAAGUGAAUCUGAAAGUUCUUCCCCAACACACAAAACUAAUGGAGAAUUAGCUAGUAAUUUAUUGGAAUCUGCUGAAUUUUAUUUGAAACAAUUAAAUGCUAAUAUUCAAGAAGCUAAAACUUCAAUAAAAGGAAAAAUAAUUAAAAAUUUAAAUGAAAAAUCUUUUCAUCUUAAAAAUGGUAAAAAAGAAAAUAAUGCUGAAAGAAUGAUUGAAAACCCGAAUUUUGAAGCAAAAUUUGAAAAAGAAAAAAUAAAUAUUAAAAAUAAAUUAUCAAACCUUCUCGAGGGAUUCAAGAAACAAUACAAAAAUUUAAAAGAAAAUAUUAAAAAUUAUGGAUCACUACAAUUAACAGAAUAUGACGAUAAAAAUAUUUUAGAAAGAGGAAUUAAUUUAUUAUUAAUUAUUGAAGAAUAUAUUGAAAGUAAAGAAUAUUCUCAUUUAAUAUUUUUAAAAAAGUUUCGAGAACAAAUUAAAAGGGCUCUAAAACAAUUCAAGGACUCCGUUGAGACAAUUAAUAUACUGAAUAACUUUAAGCAUAAAGAACGUAUAUUUAAUGCAAAUAAUAUUUACGAUCGUGGAUAUUUAAAAAAAGAACAAGAUAAUUUAACUAUAAUGUUAAGAGAUCAAAGAAAGAACAAAGAAGAAUUAAGAAAUUCUGUAGGACAUAUUGAAGGAAUAAUUGUUAGAGCUCGACAAACUGUAAACGGUGUAAUGAGAGGAAUAGUUGCUGAAAAAGUAAAUAUAGCAAAUAAAAUGAAUGUGAAAACAAAAAUUCCAGUCCCUAUUUUUGAAAAUUCCACCCAAAAGUUAACUAGAUUUCCAAUUUUCGGUAGCCAUGGCCUCUUAAUCUGAUUUUC